ACCUUAUUCAUUGUUUUACUCGACGUUGAUCUCUACGUUUGAUCGGACAUACAACGAUUCGUAUAAUAUCAUUAUUUGCAGCACAAAGCACACAUAACUACGUAAAAAUCCUACUGGAAGCAAAAUGGAGAAAUCGUUCGUUGUAUCAAUUGUGCUGUUCGCAGUUUUUAUAAUACCAGAAAUAAGCUGUGAAGAAGCCAAAUGCCUAGAGUUUAAAGAACUAUGUUUUGAAGACAAGGAAUGUUGUUCUGAUAAUUGUGAAUUUACAGGCAAUCCACGCAACAGUUAUUGCAUGGAACCUAAAAAUACAACUUUAUAUGAUCCAAAAAUCGAAGAAGGAUUGUGUUUAUAUAAUAAAUCGUUCCACGAAGAUCAGAGUCAUGCAACGUACGAAAGAUUCGGGAUCAAUGCAGCCCACGCUAUACUGCCAAUUUUCACAAAAGUCCAAUUAAAAUACAACAAUAAAACUAUAGAUGUCACAAUAAAUGGCUUUCCAACAGAGUCUAAUAAAACUAUUUUGCAGUUGUCUAGAGAAGCUGCACUCAUGUUAGAUAUUGCAGAUGAUGGGUAUUAUCCUUGUUCCAUAGGUGUAUAUGAACCUGAACCCGAUUAUGUGUCUUUAAAAAAAAUAGUUACUGUUACGGCAUCGUUUUGCGUAGUUGUAUUACUUAUAAUUACUUUUCUCUAAAAUAGGAACUAGAAUACAGAUAAACUAAAGUUUAUACGUUUAUCUCAUGCAAUAAAUGUUUCUAUCAUAUUAUUGAA